AUGGCUUUGAGCAGCAAUGCUAUGCGGGUGGUCUUCCUCCUCGCGAUGAUGGCGUGCGCCGCCCAUGCGGGGAAGCCAGCCCCAAAGGAGUGUUGGAUCUUUUAUGAGUUUGAAGAAGGAGAAGGAGAAGAAGGCGAUAAGAAGUCAGGCGAUGCCGCCGCGCCGGAGGGCGCCGAGGAGGGCAGCGGGUCUUCCGACAUAUCCAAGCUGGGAGCCAAGGGCGACGGCAAGACGGACAGCACCAAAGCGCUGAAUGAUGCGUGGGAGGCGGCGUGCGGCAAGGAAGGGAAGCAGACGCUCAUGAUCCCCAAGGGCGACUACCUUGCUGGUCCCCUCAACUUCUCCGGGCCGUACGUUGACAACCUCGUCAUCACCGGCAAGGGCACCCUCGACGGCCAGGGCAAAGAAGUGUGGGACAACAACAAAUGUGCCAAAAAAUACGACUGCAAGAUCCUGCCCAACUCGCUGGUGCUGGACUUCGUGAACAACGGCACCGUCUCCGGGAUCACCCUGCUGAACGCCAAGUUCUUCCACAUGAACGUGUUCCAGUGCAAAGACAUGACGAUCAAGGACGUGACCAUCACCGCGCCGGAGGACAGCCCCAACACCGACGGCAUCCACAUCGGCGACUCCUCCGAGGUCACAAUCUCCGGCACCACCAUCGGCACGGGUGACGACUGCAUCUCCAUCGGCCCCGGCAGCAGCGGGAUCAACAUCACCGGCGUCACCUGCGGCCCCGGCGUCGGCAGCCUGGGCAGGUACAAGGACGAGAAGGACGUGACGGACGUCAACGUCAAGGACUGCACGCUCAAGAAGACCAGCAACGGCGUCCGGAUCAAGGCCUACGAGGACGCCGCCAGCGUGCUCACCGCCUCCAAGCUCCACUACGAGAACAUAGCCAUGGAGGACGUGGCCAACCCCGUCAUCAUCGACAUGAAGUACUGCCCCAACAAGAUCUGCACCGCCAAGGGCGAUUCCAAGGUCACCGUCAAGGACGUCACCUUCAAAAACAUCACCGGCACCUCGUCCACCCCCUCCGCUGUCAGCCUGCUCUGCUCCGACAAGAUCCCCUGCAGCGACAUCACCAUGGACAAAGUCAAGGUCGAGUACAAGGGAACCAACAACAAGACUAUGGCGGUCUGUAACAACGCCAAGGGAAGCGCCACCAGUUGCCUCAAGGAACUGGCAUGCCUCUGA